AUGACAAAAAGGAAAUGGUCACAGAGGAGAGAGGGAAUCCGGGCGAGCUCUACCAGGGAGGAGCCUCAGGGCCCUAGCCGCCCCACCAGCAGGGGGCGCUUCUCUGAGUCCUGGAAGAGGCUGAGUUCCCGACAGGGGUCCACCAAAAGGUCAGGACUUGCUGCCCAGCAAGCAGCGGCCCAGAAAUCAUGGAUCGAGAGAGCCUUCAGCAAGAGGGAGUGUGUUCACAUUAUAGUGAGUGCCAAAGACCCCCACAGAUGCUGUUGUGGGCGUCUGAUUGGCCAGCAUGUGGGUUUGCCCCCAAGCAUCUCCACCAAUCAGAAUGACAAACUGGAGCGGCCUACAAAGAAUGACAGCCUAUCAGAGAAAUGGUCCAUCAGCAAGCACACCCAGCUCAGCCCCACGGACGCUUUUGGAACCAUCGAGUUCCAAGGCGGGGGGCACUCCAACAAGGCUAUGUAUGUCAGAGUGUCUUAUGACACAAAGCCUGAUCUUCUCCUUCACCUGAUGACGAAAGAGUGGCAGCUGGAGCUUCCCAAACUGCUCAUCUCUGUUCAUGGUGGCCUGCAGAACUUCGAACUCCAACCUAAACUCAAACAGGUCUUUGGCAAGGGUCUCAUCAAGGCUGCCAUGACAACAGGAGCCUGGAUCUUCACUGGUGGUGUCAACACAGGAGUUAUCCGACAUGUCGGAGAUGCACUGAAAGACCACGCUUCCAAGUCUCGAGGAAAGAUCUGCACCAUCGGAAUUGCCCCUUGGGGAAUAGUGGAAAAUCAGGAAGAUCUUGUUGGCAAAGAUGUGGUAAGACCGUACCAGACCAUGUCCAACCCUCUCAGUAAACUGACUGUGCUCAACAGCCUCCACUCUCAUUUCAUCCUGGCGGAUAAUGGCACCACGGGGAAGUAUGGGGCGGAGGUAAAACUCCGUAGACAGCUGGAGAAGCACAUCUCCCUUCAGAAGAUCAACACCAGGAUUGGGCAGGGUGUGCCAGUGGUGGCGUUAAUUGUAGAGGGCGGGCCAAACGUGAUCUCUAUCGUGCUGGAGUACCUGAGGGACACGCCCCCCGUCCCCGUGGUCGUGUGCGAUGGAAGCGGUCGCGCCUCCGACAUCCUCGCGUUCGGACACAAAUACUCAGAGGAAGGAGGGGUUAUAAAUGAAUCCUUGAGAGAUCAGUUGUUGGUGACCAUUCAGAAGACGUUCACAUACAGUCGAACUCAGGCCCAGCACCUUUUCAUUAUCCUCAUGGAGUGCAUGAAAAAGAAAGAACUGAUUACAGUGUUCCGGAUGGGUUCUGAGGGACACCAAGACAUUGAUUUGGCCAUCCUCACAGCACUUCUUAAAGGGGCCAAUGCAUCUGCUCCUGACCAGCUGAGCCUGGCUUUGGCCUGGAAUAGAGUGGACAUCGCACGCAGUCAGAUCUUUAUCUAUGGACAGCAGUGGCCGGUGGGCUCUCUUGAGCAGUCGAUGUUGGAUGCACUGGUGCUGGACAGAGUGGACUUUGUGAAGCUGCUAAUUGAAAACGGAGUUAGCAUGCAUCGGUUUCUUACACUUUCCAGACUGGAGGAGCUGUACAACACGAGGCAUGGACCAUCCAACACACUGUACCAUCUUGUCAGAGAUGUGAAAAAGCAAGAGUAUCCAGGGUUCAGUUGGAUCUACCUAAAGGGUAAUCUGCCACCUGACUACCGCAUCAGCCUCAUCGACAUCGGAUUGGUCAUCGAGUACCUAAUGGGCGGAGCCUACCGCUGCAAUUACACCAGAAAACGUUUCAGAACCCUGUAUCACAACCUCUUUGGUCCCAAGAGACCAAAAGCCUUGAAGUUACUUGGAAUGGAGGAUGACAUGCCAAUUAGGAGGGGCCGCCAGAAGACGACGCGUAAACGUGAGGAGGAAGUUGACAUCGACCUGGAUGACCCUGAGAUCAAUCACUUUCCUUUCCCCUUCCAUGAGCUGAUGGUGUGGGCAGUACUAAUGAAACGCCAGAAGAUGGCGCUGUUCUUCUGGCAGCACGGAGAAGAGGCUAUGGCGAAAGCGCUGGUGGCCUGCAAACUGUGCAAAGCCAUGGCACAUGAAGCCUCUGAGAAUGACAUGGUGGAUGAUAUCUCGCAGGAGCUCAACCAUAAUUCAAGGGAGUUUGGUCAGUUGGCUGUGGAACUGCUGGACCAGUCGUAUAAACAAGAUGAGCAGAUGGCCAUGAAACUGUUGACCUACGAACUGAAGAACUGGAGCAACGCCACCUGUCUGCAGCUGGCAGUAGCAGCCAAACACCGCGACUUCAUCGCACAUACCUGCAGCCAGAUGCUCCUCACAGACAUGUGGAUGGGUCGUCUGCGCAUGCGUAAGAACUCUGGCCUGAAGGUGAUUCUUGGAUUACUGCUGCCCCCUUCCAUCCUGAGUCUGGAAUUUAAGAAUAAGGACGAGAUGUCGUACGUACCCCAGGACCAGGAGGCGUACCUGCAGGAGAGAGACGCUGACGAACCUGAAAAACCAGCCAAAGAAAAGGAGGAUGAAGACAUGGAGUUCACAGUAAGAUCCUACUGUGAGACGCAGUACAAUUCCGUGGCCAUGCUGGGGAAUGUUAACACUGAAACUUCUCGAAAGAAGGACGUGGAGGAGGUCCAGAACCGGCAUCGGUUGAUUCCACUGGGUCGCAAGAUCUAUGAGUUUUACAAUGCCCCAAUCGUCAAGUUCUGGUUCCAUACGAUGGCGUAUGUGGGUUACCUGAUGCUUUUUAACUACAUUGUGCUGGUUAAGAUGGACCUGUGGCCCUCCCCUCAGGAAUGGAUCGUCAUUGCUUACAUCUUCACCAAUGGGAUUGAGAAAAUGAGAGAGAUCCUGAUGUCAGAACCAGGAAAGCUACUGCAGAAGGUGAAAGUGUGGCUCCAAGAGUACUGGAACAUCACUGACCUAAUGGCCAUCCUCAUAUUCUCGAUUGGCAUGGUGCUCCGCCUCCAGGACCCGCCACUCAUGAGCUACGGGCGGGUCAUCUACUGUGUCAACAUCAUCUAUUGGUACAUUCGCCUGCUUGACAUCUUUGGUGUCAACAAGUACCUGGGUCCCUACGUAAUGAUGAUUGGGAAGAUGAUGAUAGAUAUGAUGUACUUUGUGAUCAUCAUGCUGGUGGUGUUGAUGAGUUUCGGGGUGGCCAGGCAGGCCAUCUUAAACCCAAACGAGGAUCCAUCCUGGAUGUUGGCGCGGAACAUUUUUUUCAUGCCCUACUGGAUGAUCUACGGAGAGGUGUUUGCUGAUCAAAUUGACCAUAUGAAUAGUAGGAAGCCACAGCACAGGCUGAAUGAAAAACUCUGGCUGGUCGAAAAUUACUUUCGAACGCACGGAAACGGGCGUAACAAUGGUCCAUCCCACUUAGCGCCCUGUGGACAGAACAUCACAACAGAGGAUGGGGCUAUUGUUCCUCUCCCCCCAUGUAAAACUGGAGCCUGGAUUGUUCCAGCCAUUAUGGCCUGCUAUCUGCUCGUGGCCAACAUCCUGCUAGUCAACCUACUCAUUGCUGUCUUUAAUAACACAUUCUUCGAGGUAAAGUCCAUCUCCAACCAAGUGUGGAAGUUCCAGCGGUACCAGCUGAUCAUGACAUUCCAUGAGAGGCCCGUUCUUCCUCCUCCCCUCAUCAUCUUCAGUCACAUGACAAUGGUGCUGAAGCACAUAUGCUGUCGCUGGCGCAAACAAGAUGAUGAUGAACGUGACUAUGGGCUGAAACUAUUCAUCACAGAGGAUGAGCUGAAGAAAUUGCAUGAUUUUGAGGAGCAAUGCAUCGAGGAGUAUUUCAGAGAGAAAGACGAUCGCUUCAACUCUUCCAAUGAUGAGAGAAUCAGGGUGACCUCUGAAAGGGUGGAGAACAUGGCAAUGAGGUUAGAGGAGGUGAACGAGAGGGAGCACUUUAUGAAGGCAUCUCUCCAGACUGUGGACAUUCGUCUGGCACAGAUGGAGGAUAUGCUGGGCCGUAUUGCCACGGCCUUGGAACGUGCCACUGGGCUUGAGCGUGGAGAGGUCAACAAGGUUCGGUCAAGAACCUCAUCAGACUGUACCGACACUAACUACAUCCUUAGACAAAGCAGUUUCAACAGCCAGGAAGGUAAUGCCUACCGCCUUCAAGAGUCUCUGGAACAAGGUGGAGAGGAAUCCAUUUCCCCUACAUCACCGACUGUACUUGCUCCUCGUGCAAGAAGCCACUCCUUUUAUGUUGGUGGAUCCAGAGAAAAGGGUGGGGCAGAGAGGAUGGAAGGCUUCUUUAAGGAGCGGUCUCUGAGUCUGCACCGAGCUAAUAGUUCGCAGUCUGUGGCUUCAGGCUCUGCCCUUAAAGACUCAAAGCCUCCCCCGUUAAAUACCUUGUCCGUCUCCCAGCAACAUCGCCCUUCGUCAUGCAUAGACAUUUACGUUUCUGCCUCGGAGGAGGCCCCACCCACUGAGAGCUUUCUGGAGCCAAUUAGGAUGCCCCCACCACUUGCAAGGGAUUCCUCACUCCACUCUGAGAUCAUGGAGGUAGUGCUUUCCGGAGGGCGGGACUACAGUGAACGUUCAGGGGGUGGAGAAAGACAGUCUGAUGGGACGGUUUUAUUUGAUGACAGCGCGGCUGCCGACCUAUCGCUAUGCUCUGGCAACUUGCUCCCAGACACCCUGCCCCCAUGGGACUUGGAUCCCUCUCCCCCACCAUCUGCUGGUAUUCUGGAACGUUCUAAGAGUAGCCGUUACCUUUCGGCAGGUCCCCUUUUCCUGGACGAGGCACCGCUCGUGAAGUCGCAUAGCCUUAUGUUCCCGCCGCGCGGUUACUAUGGCAACCUGGGUGUUCAAGUCAAAGCGGCUGAGUACACAAGCAUCACUGACUGCAUCGACACUCGUUGUGUCUCCACCCCUUACCCGGUCCCUGAACGUUCGGAUUCACCAGGGGGAUCCUUCACCUUUGAAAAACCCCAGGACAUGGGCACCUCACACCCGGAACGCGAGGCUGAGCUCAGCCACGCCGAGUCCGAUCCAGAGGAUCAUGCUGAGGGGUCUGCAGACCCCGAUCACGCAGCAUGCCCACCGGGAGGUACCGACAUGGGCAUCGGUUUGGGCCUUGGACCAUACUCUUCCCCUUUGUCCAGGCUAGAGCGAGCCAACAGCUGUUCCUCCUCAGAAGAUUCCCAUUCCACCAAUGCCUACGCCCGCAAGAGCUUCUCCAUCAGUGAGAGGAUGGACAGGGGCCGUGGUGGCCCCAGAAACCCCUUCCAGCGCAGCAAAUCUGGAGCCCGACCGGAGGGCAAGGCGGACACGCUGUCCAUGCGGAAGCUGGCUAAACCUUCCACCUUUCGCAGUUUUGACAGCAGGCACAACUACACGUGA